AUGUCAUCAAGUAGUCAAAAAGGAAAAUAUUUUAUGAGACCUACAAAAAGUGUAGGAGUAGAUUUUGAUGAUAAACCUCUAUGGAAUCAUGUGAAAGUUAUUUUGAUUGCUCCAGAUGGGGGUGGGAAUAUAGCAUGGUCUUGUAACUAUGGCAAUAAAAUAGUUACGGGAUCAUAUAAUAGGGUGAAAGCACAUCUUUUGAGAUUAUCGGGUCAUGGUGUUCAAAUAUGUAAAGAAAGUAGUGGUGAUAUAUAUGCGACUUUGAAGAUGGAGCAUGAACAAGCCGAAAGAAAAAGAACCGUUGUUCAAGUUGAUGCAAGAAACAAAGCUGAUUAUAUAUCACUUCCGGAGGGGACUGAUUUAAUUCAACAAAAAAAGAGAAAGAGUUCGAGUAGUGGAGCUAUAGGAAAAUCAUUCGGCAUCUAUGAGAGAAAUACGGCCGACAAAUUAGCCGCUAGGAUGUUCUACGCAUCAGGUUUAUCGUUCAACUUUGCAAACUCUCCUUAUUUUAAAAAAUAUUCUAAGUUUCUAGCCGAAAAUUCCAUUCCCGGUUAUAUUCCCCCAUCAUAUAAUAGAUUGAGGACAACUCUUUUAGCUCAAGAAAAAACACAUAUUGAUAGAAAGUUGCAACCAAUUAAAGGUACAUGGAAAAAGAAAGGAUUGUCGAUUUGUUCGGAUGGAUGGACCGAUACUAAAAGACGACCUUUGAUCAAUAUAAUGGCAUCAUCUAGUGGAGGUCCAAUGUUUUUAAAUUCAAUCAAUUCUAGUGGAAUCGUAAAAGAUGGUGAAUAUAUUGCUAACUUAUUUAUUGAAGCAAUAGAAAAUGUAGGUUCAAACAAUGUUGUUCAAGUUAUUACGGAUAAUGCAAGUAAUAUGAAACUUGCCGGUACUAUUGUGGAGCAAAAAUAUCCUCAUAUAUUUUGGACUCCUUGUGUUGUUCAUUGUUUGAAUCUAGCUUUGAAAAGUAUGUGCCAACCUUCGGAAAAAUCACCUCACUUUACUAGUUGUAAAUGGAUUUUAGAGUUACUUAGUGAAGUGAGUAAUUUGAAGAACUUUGUUGUGAACCAUGACUUGGCACAUGCACUUUUUCAAAAAUAUUCGGAUUUGUGUUUGUUGAAGGUUGGUGAAACAAGAUUUGCCUCACACACCAUUAUGAUCACCCGAAUUCGCAAAGUGAAAUCUUCUUUGGAGAAAAUGGUCAUGGAUGAUGAAUGGAAGAAUUAUAAGGGGGAUAAGGGAAUUGAAGCCAAAACACGUGAAAUAAUGGUGAACCAUGACUUGGCACAUGCACUUUUAAAGUUUGAAAGUAGUUUGAAAGUUUAUACUUAA